UCAGUUUUAAUUCAACCGUCGUGCCGUAAGGACGUGCGUGAUUCACUGAAAUAUAUUAAGAUCGUUAAAUAUUGUGACCCCUGUGCUGUGAUUGUAUUAGGACUCUAGUGUUUAUACUGGUGGUCUGAAUAAUUCGGCGGUGGUUGAGUUAUUUUUGUUACUGAAGCUAAUGGAUCCAAAUAAGACGAGUUGAGCUUCUUCGUGAAACAUGAAGCAGGCCGCCAUUGCGUUUUGGCGCGAAAUGCCAAUAGCUGUCACAAUCGCAUUCGUGGCUCUGGCAUGUACGGUUUCAGCCAGAGACAUUGUUUUGGAUGAUACAUACACCGUAAUACAAGCUGCAACAAAUGAAAGGCUGCGUCUCAUCUGUGGGCUGAAGCCACGAAGCCAGAUGCCAGCUGUUAGGUGGUUCUUUGAUGGAAAACCAGUGGACUACCAGCUGAGGCAAAGAGUAAUGCAGCAGAAACAGUGGUUAAGAAUAAAAGGGUUUCGCGCAAAAGACGCCGGUGUGUACACGUGCCAGAACGAAGAAGACAAAGGGAAGGAAAUGAGUGUUGCCAUCAAACACAAACCCGAUCUUGGAACGGAAAAUAUUGACGAAUACCAGUCCGAUGUUGACGUUUUACGACCUAUGCCUGAAAUAUUGGCACAGCAUUCAGCACCAUUGGUUGAUAAUAAUACAAUCGAAGAGAAUACAACAGAUCCUAGGAACAAAUACAAAGAGUACGAUACCAAAGACGAUGAUCUCGACGAUAGGAAUGAAAGGGAACAUUUGAAUUACGGCCACGUUGAUGACACCAAAUCAAAAUAUGCACCGAAGUUUAAACAUCCGUCCAAAAUGUUCAACAUGGAGAUGAAACCAGCUGGCAGUUCAAUAAGAUUCAAAUGCGCUGCUGAAGGUAAUCCAAUGCCAAACAUAACAUGGUACAAAAAUAGUGGAACGCCGAUAGCCAGGAGCUACUUCAAACCGUCUUACGGUAAAUGGUCCAUGGCUUUAGAUGAGCUCACAAAAGCUGAUAAUGGAAAUUACACUUGCAAAGUUUGUAACGAACUGGGUUGCAUUCAACACAAAUACACACUCCACAUACAAGAGCGUCUAUACGCCAAGCCGGUGUUAACUCAGGCCGCGGUGAACCAGACCAAGUUAGUUGGAGAGACCGCAAAAUUCAGUUGCGAAUACCUCAGUGAUCUACACCCGCUUGUGUAUUGGAUGUAUUUCACAAAACACGAAUAUAUAUAUAAUGAAACAACAACGGAUUCUAGCAAUGAGUCCAUUGUGUAUGAUGAUAUUACGAAAAUUGUUACGAGUGAGAAUCCAGAGGACAAACCCGAACAAUUAACUAUAUAUAAUGUGACCAAAGAGGACGAGGGUUGGUACGUCUGUGUAGCUCUCAAUACACUUGGCAACACGACUGCUAAGGGGUACCUCACUGUUUUGGAUUCUCUGCCCAUCACAGAAGCGUUGGAUCACGGCAAGCAUACAUUAUUCAUAAAUAUAUUAACAGCGGUCCUUGGUGCUAUGUUCUUUGUGGCGGCUAUCAUAGUAGUCAUGAUAUUCAAGAAAUUAAAACGUGAGAAAAUCAAGAAGCAGUUGGCGAUAGAAACAGCUCGAGCUGUCAUAGUGACACAUUGGACGAAGAAGGUAACAGUAGAGAAGCCGCAGAUGAACGGAACGGAAAAUACAGCUGAAGGACUGUUAAUGCCAGUGGUGAAAAUCGAAAAACAGAAGCUAUCACAAGUCCAGAGCCCCUGUGACUCCAUGAUGAUGUCAGAAUAUGAACUGCCAAUGGACAUAGACUGGGAGGUGUCCAGGGACGCUCUUUGUAUUGGAAAAGUUUUGGGGGAGGGAGAGUUCGGGAAAGUAGUGAAGGCAGAAUGUCAAGGAAUCGUGAAACCAGGUGUACAGUCAGUGGUUGCGGUUAAAAUGUUGAAAGAAGGUCACACGGACGCGGAGAUGAUGGCAUUAGUAUCGGAGAUGGAAAUGAUGAAGAUGAUCGGUAAACACGUGAACAUUAUCAACUUGCUAGGAUGCUGUACACAGGAUGGACCGCUCUACGUCAUAGUGGAGUAUGCACCAAAUGGAAACCUAAGAGAGUUCCUGAGAAAUCAUAGACCUGGUAACAGGUAUGAAUCACCAAACGAAGACCUGAAGGAAAAGAAAACUUUAACUCAAAAAGAUCUUGUAUCGUUCUCAUAUCAAGUAGCGAGGGGCAUGGAGUAUUUGGCUUCUCGGAGAUGCAUACACCGUGAUCUGGCCGCUCGUAACGUGUUGGUAUCAGAUGAUUGCGUACUGAAGAUCGCGGAUUUCGGUCUCGCUAAGGACGUGCAGUCCAACGACUACUAUCGCAAGAAGACCGAGGGCAGACUCCCCGUACGAUGGAUGGCGCCAGAGAGCUUGUAUCAUAAAGUCUUCACAACGCAAACUGACGUGUGGUCAUUCGGUGUACUGCUGUGGGAGAUCAUGACACUUGGUGGUACCCCGUACCCGACUGUCCCGGGACAGUAUAUGUACCAACAUCUCAGCGCCGGCCAUCGGAUGGAGAAGCCGCCCUGUUGCAGUCUUGAAAUUUACAUGUUAAUGCGAGAGUGUUGGUCCUUCUCCCCCGGCGACCGGCCUUCGUUUACAGAACUGGUUGAGGAUUUGGACAAAAUACUCACAGUAACGGCCAACCAGGAGUAUUUAGAUCUCGGUCUGCCGCAACUGGAUACGCCCCCGUCCAGCUACGACGGCUCCGGCGACGAGAGUGACAGCGAGUUCCCUUUCAUUAAAUAAAAUUGAUUUUGGAACGAAAUUUCAAUGGAACAAUUUUGAAAUUUUCGUUACUCGAAUUCGAAUUGAAAUUUAAUUCUGAUGACGAGAAUUACAAUUUGUUUUUAUAUUUGGAAUUUGGAAUGAUAUUGAAACGGAAUCAUUUCGAAAUUGGAAGUGUUCAAGUACGUGCCGACUGGGAAUAUCGAAGAUGAAAGUGAGGACCCAUUCACUUUUAUUAUAAAAUUUCGAAUUUGGAACGUGAUUAAAAUGAAACAGUUUGAAAUUAGAAUUGUACAAAUAUGAACAUUGAUGUGUACAAAUAUUUAGACAGUGACUGUGCCUUAAUUAAAUUGUGUUGAAUUUUCUAAAUUCAAAUUUUGUUUGUAUAAAACUAUUCGAAUAUAAUUUUGUACAUAGUUGUAUUAUAUCUAUCACAGAGUGUUUUUUUUUAACAAAUAUGAUGAGACAACUUCUAAAAACUGGAAUAUGAAUUUCUCUUCCGCGGUCUAGACAAGUGGCAAUAAUUACAGAUAUUGAUUUAUGAUAUUUGUAAACAUUGAGGAAGGUUUAAUACGAAGAGAAAAUAUUUUUUAUAACGAACUAUUUAUCCACUAAUUUAACGAAGACAGUAUUGAUUCAAGACUCAUUAAUGGGAUUAGCAUUUUCUAUAUACUUAGGUAACAAAUAUCAUCAUUUUUUCCCACCUUAUAUAUUUAGAUGAAUUAAUGUAUGGACUUUUUUUUAUUAAUAUAGGACUUAAAUGGGUGAAAAACAUCCGUUAAACAAUUUUUUAUUUAUUACAGCGUGUGCUAGACACGAUUGUAUGAAACUUAGUGUGUAAAUAUCUUUAUACGAUGUGACAUUUUAUUCUUUAGUUUCUUUUUUAUAUAUGUUAUGUUGGUACUACACUUAAACGCAAGUUUAGGAACUCGGUAUGAUUAUAUCAUUGAUUUAAUUAAUUUUAAAGAAAUUAAUGAGUCGCUUUUUUAAUAAGUACUAAAAAAGCAUUAUACGAAUUGUUCAAUUUUCAUAAUAUGUAUUUAUAUAUCAUUUUAUUUAUAAUUUUUUAGUUAAAUUAUUUAAUUUAUUUCUUUUUUUUUUACCAAAAAUGCAAUUUGUGACGCAUGAUGUACAUACGUAUUGUAGUACCAAAGUUUUAUUAUGUAUUAGUAAAAAGUAUUAUUGCAUGUAAUUCGUUAUUUUUAAGCAUGUCGUUGUCGAUGUCGUUUAUAGAAUUGAGUGCCUUAUUUCAAGAAAUUCAACAAAAAAUAAUAAUAUUUGACAAUAGAAUUGUGGUUAAAUUUCAUAGAUGAAACAAUUUUGUGCCGAUUAAAUAGUGAAAAAAAAUUGUCUAGUCCUAGUAGAGAUCCACUUUUUUAUAAUUUUUGGCAUUUCGAUAUUUUACAGUACUUAAAUAGAUAUAAGAAUGAUUGUAAAUAUUUUGUGUAAUGCAUGAUGAUUUAAAUCGAACGUAACAUUUUAUUAUUAUCUUUCUGUAUUGUUUAUUUGUUAGGCGGAUUUCACUUCACACUAAAAUUAUAAGUGUGAUGAUGGAGCAUAGUUUAUUUAGGCCUAGUGCAAUAAUGGCGACGUGAGAGGAUCUAGUUUGUAAAUAAAUCCAUGUCUGGGACAAAAUAUUGAUUUUAUUUGCUACGCUAUUGUUUCUUGUUUGUAUAUUUGAUGACUUGUAUGCAUUAUGUAUUAAUGUUGUAUGAUCCGAUGUGGUGAAUAAAAUAUUACGGAUACAAAUAA